CCUUCAUCUUCUUUUUCAAAACCAAAAGCUUUCCCUCCCCUACUCUCCCUUGGCUUAAGCUCAGCAAAAAAAAGUUUCAACCGUUCAAAUUUCGGCUACAUAAUCAACUUUUAUUCAGGUCAAGUUCCAUGGUUGCUGCUUCUUGCUUUUCACCAUUCAGGUUACCUGAACCCCUUUGGCUGCUUCUGCUUGUGUCCCUUAGGGGAAAGCUCUUGCUUCUUGAUAACCAAAUUUGCCCAGUUUAGUAUAUUCGGAAGUGGUAGUGUUAUGAAUUAGUACUUCCAAGUUUUAAACGAGGAAUCCCUCUCUAUUUCCUGUAAUAAUAUCCUGCUCUCAGAAGUUAGAAUAAAAAAAAAAAAUGGAGCAGAGAUGGAACUGGGAGCAGGGGAUACUAAUCAGUGAGCUGAUUCGAGGAAUGGAGUUAGCAAAACAGUUAAGGAUGCAUUUGGAUACAGCUUCUUCUGUUGAAUCCAGGGAUUUGUUAGUACAGAAGAUUUUGUCUUCAUAUGAGAAAGCUCUUCUGAUUUUGAACUUGAGUGGGCCAAUGGGACAGACACAACAGAAUGUGGGAGAGACAUCUGGUGUGCCAGAGUCUCCUCUAUCCAUCAACGGCAGCCCUCGGAGUGACGAUUUAGAUAACAAGGAUAACCAGGAUAUCAGAGAUGUCUCAAAGAAGAGAAGGAUGUUGCCUAGAUGGACGGAUCAGGUGAGAGUUGGUUCUGAAAACCUGCUCGAGGGACCUCAUGAUGAUGGCUAUAGCUGGCGAAAAUAUGGGCAAAAAGAUAUCCUCGGAGCCAAAUAUCCUAGAAGCUAUUACAGAUGCACCUACCGUAAAACUCAGAACUGCUGGGCUACAAAGCAAGUCCAGAGAUCAGAUGAAGAUCCCACCAUCUUUGAGGUCACUUACAGAGGAACUCACACAUGUGCCCAUGGCAACCAGGCAGUUCCACCACCAGCUUCACCAGAAAAACAGGAACAUAAACCAAACAACCUUAAUAAUAACAAUAACCAACAAUGGCAAUCACAGGAUAUCCUCUUAAAUAUUCGAAAAGGCAUAAGGGUCAAUACCGAGGGCUUAGACAAUAAAGAGAUGGCACCGUCCUUUUCUUUUCCUUCAACAUCAUUUGGGUGCCUUAAGAGUGAAAGCCAUGGUUUUUUACCUUCAGGAGUAGUUGAUAAUAACAACAUCUCAGGCAGCUUUUCUUCGCCUUUCAUGUCUCCUGCUACACCUAAAGUAAACUUUUCUGUUUCUCAUUCUCAGAUGAACAACUCUGGAGGGAUUCUUAAUACACAACAUUCUGAAUCUGAUCUCAUGGAGUUGAUUUCAGUCAAAACUUCAGCUACCAAUUCUUCAAUUAUGGACUUUGAUUUCUCACUUGAUCAAGUGGAGUUGGAUCCAAAUUUCCCAUUCAACACUCCGGAAUUUUUCCCCUAAUUCUUUUUCACAAUCGAAAUAAGCCAGAUGUAGAAUUCAGGUUCCACUGACCAGAUUAGCUGGUUGUAUCUGUUCAUCCUAGCUGGUUGUUAACGCCUAGAGCUACUGUAGAAUACAUAAGUAUGUUUCAAUAUGAUGUUGGUUGUGAGAAUUUUCUUGGAUAACAAGUUUCGACAUUUGUUCUAAUCGGAGUUGCAAUAAUAUUGGUGCCCAGAUUUUUACCCAAAA